AUGGAUAAAUUAACGUUAAUUUCAGGAACCCUUUUUAUGGCGGCCGAUAUUUUUGCAAUAGUUAGUUUGGCUAUGCCAGACUGGAUUAUUACAGAUGUAGGAGGAGACACCAGGCUUGGCUUAAUGUGGACUUGUAUGACUCUGUAUAAUAGACCUCAAGUAUGUUUUACUCCAGAUCUUCAACCAGAAUGGCUUUUAGCUUUAGUGUGUAUUUUUGUUGGAUGUAUUUGUAUCACAACUACCAUUAUUCUUCUUGCAUCUUCGCAUUGGGAUAGAAAUGUGGUACCUUAUGCAAGAUGGGUAGGAUUUACAGCAAUGGUUUUAUUCUGCUUGGCUGCAGUGAUAUUUCCAAUGGGCUUUCAUGUAGAUGAAAUAGGAGGACAACCCUACCAGUUACCAGGCAGCCAUCAAGUAGGCAUCUCAUACAUUCUUUUCAUUCUAUCUCUGUGGAUUACUGUGAUUUCAGAAUUAUUUGCUGGAAAAGUAUGCCUUCCACAUUUUUAG